GGAGCGAGACAGUGACCGCCACCGCGCCAGGCGGCGUUCAGAGAGCGAGGAGCAGCGACGGCGGCGGCACGGGACGGGCAGAGGACGGUCGGGUAGCAAGGAGGUGGCGAAGAAGGGCAGAGGGCGCAGGCGUUCACGAUCCCGGGCGUCGUCGUCCUCCUCCUCCUCUAGCGUGUCGCGAAGAGCCGAUGCUGGCCGGCGACGCUUUGAGGCAGUAGAUGUGCGGGAGCUGCUACAGCCUGAGAUGCCGGCAAACGCCGGGGGAAUGGUGCCGCAGUUGCCUGCCGAGAUGAUCAUGGCGCUCAUUCAACAGCAACAGCAACAGCAACAGCAACAGCAGAUGCUGAUUUCGCAGCAGGACACAUUGACGGCUGCGAGGGACGCCAUGCUUUCUACACCGGAUCCCACAGCUGUACCGGAGCCAGCGCCGGUGGCAGCACCCCCAGCCAACGGUGACACCACCAACGAAGCUCAGCAGCAGCAGCAGCAGCCUCAAGAAGAAGGAGAAAAAGUCGAAGUGGGGGAGGCGAACGAGCAGCCUAUCGCCAAGCCCGCAGUUCCAGCGAGGGUGUUACCGUCUGUGGCGGACUUUGUGCCGGUUAUUCCAAAGAGCUUAUUGAGCCUUCUCAGCGCUCCGGGGACCGCCACUAGUGACGGUGGUGGUCAAGGUGGUGGCGGUGCGCCGGGAACAGGCGGCGGUGGCGAUGCCGACGAUGGGCAACAAGGGACACUGACGACGACUGCAGGGGCCCUGGCGGUUCUUCAGGCGCCGAAGCUUUCACCAGAGGCAGAGCGACGUGCUCGAGAGGCACGUCGGGCACACAUCUCUUGUUUUCCUCAACGCACCUCCCGACAGGAGUUGCUGGACUACUUUACCACCAUUAUUCCUAUGGUGCGUCGUGUGAAGGUGCAGAGGGAGAUGGAUCAGUUUACUGAGAAAUUGCGCGAGGAGGGAGGUCCGGAGGCGGAUAUUGAGCGACGUGAAAUCCCACCAGACGCCAUCGUGGACGUGGAUCGCGUAAUUGACAUUGCGGUAAACAGUGCCAAGUCGAAACCGUUUGCCUUUCUCGAGGUCAACCUGGCGGAUCUCGUGACGGAGUUGGUGGAGGAGUCGCAGCGUGAUCCAGACCGGUUUACUUUCAUUGCGGCCGACGGACAGUCGUACCCCAUCACAAUUCGUCGCCCACGCGACUACCAGGCCUUGCCGGGUGUCGACAACCGCAAGGUUGUCAUGCUUGGGUUCCCAUCCACCCUUUCAAUGCCCAAGUUGCGACUGGUUUUCGAGAACUUUGGACCGCUUCUUGCGUUUGACGUUAAGGCAGGAAUAGCCUACGGUGAAUUUGAAAAGGAGUCGGAUGCUGUCGACUUCGUUGGCGAGCUUCACGGCCAAACGCUGGGAAACAGAGUGGUGGUGCUGAUGCCCUUGUUCGACUGGUUGAAGGUGGUCUGCACGCACGCCGACAUCGAUGUCGCACUUGACCCGGAUGACCCCGUCUCGGGUGCGUCCCUCUUGGCCAAGGAUGGCCAGAUAGCCGGCGCACUGGUGCCAGUGCUCGCCGAGGACUUGGAAAAGACGGAGGAACCGGUGAACCACAUGAAGGAAUUGGUGGAAUUCGCCGUGCAGUUGCCGGACGUCGUGCUGCACUUUGCCAAGACGUUUCCGCACCUUGCAACGCUGUACGGAAGCACCGUUCCUAUUUUUCCCACUCGUGUGUUAGUGCUGCUGAACUUGUUCGAUGAGGAGGAGCUUGUGCUGGACGACACGUAUGAGCGACUUGUGGAGGAAAUCGCCGGCGAGGUGGAGAAGUACGGUCGCGUGAAGACGCUCAUCGUCCCGCGUCGUGCCCCGCCACCGAUCCCACCCAGGCCGCCGAAGAAUUACUUUGGAUCCCGCAUGAAAGGAACGAAAAAGGGUGGCGCCGGGGGUGGCCGCGACCGUCGCCACCAACUCACUCAGGGCUCUGGUGGGACGCCAUCAGCGGCGUCCAACGCCCCCCGUGACGGUGCCCCACCGGCUACGGCAGAAAAUGAGGAGGGUGAUGCAAGCGGCAAGAACGAUUUCGACAAGGACGACCUCGAUGAGGAGGCGCAGUACGAGCAGGCCAAAGUAGAGUACCUUAGAGCACGCGAGGAGUACACUGAAAGACUUAUGCACCCCAUUCACGGCGGGUUCGGUCGUGUAUUUGUUGAAUAUGAAUCUGUUGAUGAGGCAGCAGAGGCACAACGCGCGAUUGCCGGUCGUCUGUUUGGUGGUCGCACAGUUGUGACGUCAUUUAUGUACGAAGACGUGUUGCACCCGCCAACCGCGGAGGAGAUGGAGGAGGCGGCGGACAGGAAGCUGCAGCUGUACCUGGAGUCUAUGGGCGCUGGCGAUGACGACGAAGAGGCGCAAACGGAAAAGGUGGAAGCGGACAAUGACACACCGGGAGACACGGGAGCCGCGCAGGCGGGAAAUGACGUGGAUGGGGCGGAGGCGACGAGCUAA